AUGAUAAAUAAAAAAUAUCACAAAUUGGGUGUUUCUGAAGAAGGCAUGACCAUGAUAACGGUAAACUACAGGAUUCCAGCUGCAUCAGAUGUUCCUGAAUUAGGAAUUUUUAGAAAGAGUCCAGCAGAAAUUAUGAGAGAUUUCGCAAAAGAAAAUCUACAAGUGAAAGAGUUCCUUUAUGGAUCUCAAAGGUUACUGCAUUCUGCUGACACAGCCAAGUCUGAAAAUAUUCCAAGCGCAUCUCCAAGACUUGAUGAUGACCAACUGACAAAGAAACUACGUUCACAGAAUCAAUAUUUAGAUUUAUCAAAGUAUUUGAUACCACAGGCAACUGGUUUGGGUUUCUCUAAAUACCUCAUCAACAGAUCUGAAGUUCAAGAUGAUGCUAUUCAAGUUUCGGUUGUUCAUUCAAUCACCACAGAAGAAAAGAGAAACAUAAAUGGUUACUAUAUUUUGAAAUAUUUACAACCAAGUUUCCAUCUGAUAUGGCUGAUGGAGAAGAUCGUUCUUCAAGCCAUUAGCUUUUCUUUCUUGAGUAGAUGUCCAUAA